AUGGCAGACAAUCUUCCUCGUGAUUUAAUAGCUGUACAAAAUGAAAAUGAACAUUUACGAAAUCAACUCAAUCAGGCACAAAUUGAUCUUGCUGCAACACGUAUUGCUCUUGCUGCAUCACGUAUUGAAACAACUUAUGUUAAACUUCUUCCAACUCAUGAUGACGCUCAACCGGGACCUAUUAAUGGAACAAAGACAAAUGUUCUUACUGAUAAUGAACAAUUAAUUAGUGAAGAUUUAAAAUUUUCAACUAAAAUUAUGCUUCAUUCAUUAGAACCUGAAAUUUUAAGAAAUAAAAUUAAUAGAGUUUUGUCUGUAUUUAAAUUUCCUAAAUAA